GGCCUGUCCAGCCAGUUAGAGGAAGGGUCUGAAUGUGGUGGAGAGAGGAGUGCUGGGCUUCCAGCAGCAGGGCCUUACUACCACUUAGUGUGGGAAGGAAGAGGAGAGCAAGAGGGCCUGCAGGGCACCCCGCCUCCUAUGUGCCACCAGCACUGCUUCCCUGCCACAGGGAGCCCUGCCCUUCUGGCCUGGGUCAAAGGAGGUGGAAAGCUGAGAGCCCUGCCCCAAGCCCAGCUUCCUGCAGGAGGGGGCACUGAGCUGAGGUUUGAUCUCAAACUGCCAGUGACUGUGCUGGGCCCUGAAGAUGAAGCUGAGGCCACUGUGCUGCCCUCUGUCCUGCCUCUUUGCGCUGCUGUCCAGGGCUUUGGCCACUCCAACAUCAGCAACCCUGUGGCAGUGCCCUCCUGGGGAAGAGCCUGACCUGGAGCUCAGCCAGGGCAUGCCAUGCAGGUCCUGCCCCCCAGGCACCUUCUCAGCCUCCUGGGGCUCUAGCCCAUGCCAGCCCCAUGACCGCUGCAGUCUUCAAAGGAGGCUGGAGGCCCAGGCUGGCACUUCAACUCAAGAUGCGCUGUGUGGAGGCUGCCAGCCUGGGUGGUUUGAGCCUGAGGGGAACCCUCCUGUUCCAUGUCAGCCUUGUUCCUGGGCACCUCUGAGUAUUCAUGGCUGCGAUGAGUCGGGGCGGCGUUCCCGACGUGGCGUGGAGGUGGUAGCAGGAGCUGGUAGUGGCAGCAGCAGUGAGACGAGGCAGCCUGGAAACGGCACACGAGCAGGUGACCCUGAAGAGACGGCUACGCAGUACGCGGUGAUUGCCAUUGUGCCCAUCUUCUGCCUCAUGGGGCUGCUGGGCAUCCUGGUGUGCAACCUACUCAAGCGGAAGGGCUACCACUGCACAGCCCACAAGGAGGUCGGGCCCACUCCUGGCAGUGGAAGCAGCGGGAUCAACCCUGCCUACCGGACUGAUGACACCAACGAGGACACUAUUGGCAUCCUGGUGCGCCUGAUUACAGAGAAGAAGGAAAAUGCAGCAGCCCUGGAGGAGCUGCUGAAGGAAUACCACAGCAAACAGCUGGUGCAGACGAGCCACAGGCCUGUGCCCAGGCAGCUGCCGGCUUCCCCCCGUGUGCCGCACAUCUGCCCACAUCGCCACCACCUCCACACUGUGCAGGGCCUGGCCUCACUCUCUGGCCCCUGUUGCUCCCGAUGUAGCCAGAAGAAGUGGCCUGAAGUGCUGCUGUCCCCUGAGGCAGCGGCUGCCUCCACUCCAGCUCCCAGCCUCCUGCCCAACCUGGCCAGGGCUCCCAAGACUGGAGCCAAGGCAGGACGUCAGGGCGAGAUCACUAUCUUGUCUGUGGGCAGAUUCCGAGUGGCUCGAAUUCCUGAGCAGAGGACAAGCUUAGUGGCCUCAGAAGUGAAGACCAUCACAGAAGCUGGGCCUUCUGUGGAUGAUCUCCCUGACACCCCACAACCUGGACUCCUUCCUGAGCAGCGGGCCCUAUUGGGAAGUGGUGAAAACCAUACUAAGUGGCCAAAACCCUCAGUGGAAAACAAGGUUGAGGAGAACCGCUAUGUGGUCCGGCUCAGUGAGAGCAACCUGGUCAUCUGAGGGGCUGUAUAGUCUGAGGAUACUCAGCUUUGCCCUGGGAGGUCCCCAGGAUUUCCAGGAGGAGGCAGAGCUGCAGCUGGGACUGUGAGGACCAAGAAGCAAAUGACCCAGCAGGCACAGUAGCAAAGGUCACAGCCUGAGGUGGGACCGUCCGCCCCAGUGAGGAGGCAGUCAGCGGGCACUGUGCAGCAGAUUGAGAGCCUUGCCCCGUCCCUGUUGCCCCAGUCCCUCGCCUGCAGGCUGCCCUAACCCUGGGCCUGCCCUGACCACAUCCUGGGAGCCCACUGCCUUCUUGGGGCCACAGGGGUCUAGGCUGGGUGGAGGGGUGGUGCCUGUACCUGAUGCCCCAGACCCACCCCUGGGUGACGGGCCCUAGGGCAAGAUGUGCCUCCCCUCCUCUUCUGCCAGGUCCUGUGAAGGGAAGGGACAAGGAAAAACCCUGGGCUAGGAGGCCGAGUUCCCAAGUUCUAAUCCUGGGCCUGUCCCUGGGCCCCAUUUUCCUGACUGAAGUAGGGAGAGAAUGCCUCAGGACCCAGGGUCUCCCCAGUUCCUUGCAGGUUCUGGAUGGGGUCCUGUUGGGGGACAGCUUUGACUCUGCCGCCCCUCCUAUUAGUAGCUUUAUCUGGCCCACUCUUGCUGCUUUCUGCCUUCAAAGGCCCCGGGGGGCUGUCCACCUGCAGACCGGGCUGAAUGCAUGUGCCUGCCUCCACCUGCUGUUUUUAAUAAAACAGAAAAGCUGACUUGACUUGGGCAGGGCCAUGGCACAGCUUUGCCUGCCCUGCCUCCCACGGUCUCCAGAGCUUCUGGGAGAGGGGGAGCAGUGUGGGGCUGGCGAGGGCUGCUAGCCUCAGUGGUUUCCAUUGCCCUGAGGUAGAGGUCCUGGGGCCCCGGGCAGCUCAGGGGACUGCAGCCCACCCCCGUGUCUCCACUCCCACCCAGGCACCUGGUUAUUUAUGUGGGGCCGUGCAGGCGUGGACCCACUUCCCACCCCAUUUCUCUUAUUUAUUAAAACUUACUGUUGUCCUGCCCUUGCAUCUGCAUCCCCUCCACUUGUUGAAUAAUAAAAGACG